AAUCCUACUAAUAUUAAUAAUAAUAAUACCCUAAAAAAACUUCUUCUCCUAGAUUAAAUAGAAAAGUCUAAGUCCUCCUCUGAUUUUGUCAACCUUUGACACUUGAAACACAACUACCUCCCUUUCUUAGUGUUACCGAACUCAUUCAAAAUUUUGAUUUUGCACCAAAUUAAUCUUACAGUAGUAUCAUCUUUUUUAAUGGGUUCUUCAAUUAAUCGAAAGCAAAACUUUUUCUUCUUCAUACUCUUUCAAAUUUUGGUACUUUUAUUAAGCUCUGAAUUUACAGUUGGGCUGAAAAAAUUGCAGCCAAAAAAAGCAGGAUCAUCAUCUUUCAAGAUUGCAAUUUUUGCAGACUUGCAUUUUGGUGAAGAUGGUUGGACUAAGUGGGGCCCUAGGCAAGAUGUCAAGUCUCAGAAAGCCAUGUCAUCUCUUCUUGAUCAUGAAAACCCAGAUUUUGUUGUAUACCUUGGAGAUGUAAUCACUGCCAAUAAUAUACCUACUGCAAAUGCAAGCCUGUACUGGGAUCAAGCUACUUCACCCACAAGAGAUAGGGGCAUACCUUGGGCCAGUGUGUUCGGUAAUCAUGACGAUGAUUAUUUCGAGUGGCCUUACGAAUGGUUUUCAGGAGAUGGGGUUCCCCCACUACUUUGCUCGGCAUCUAACUCAUCGUUCACAGGAGAUGGAGAUUGCAGCUUCGGGGGUACAACAAGAGUGCAGUUGAUGAAUAAUCAGAUAGGAAAUAAUACGUAUUCGUUCUCUCAGCAAGGACCAAAAAAUCUUUGGCCAAGUGUAUCGAACUAUGUCCUGCAAGUCUCAUCAUCGGAGAACCCAGAUUCGCCAGUGGCAUUUAUGUAUUUUCUAGAUUCAGGAGGAGGGUCCUAUCCGGAAGUUACUUCAGUUGCCCAAGCAGAGUGGCUCAAAAGUAUAGCUGAAGAAAUUAAUCCAGAUUCUAGGGUUCCUGAACUAUUCUUCUGGCACAUACCUAGUAUAGCAUAUAAGAAGGCCGGACCUUGGUUGUUUUUGGUUCCUCGGCCUUGCAUAGGCUCAAUAAAUAAGGAAUCUGUUUGUACUCAAGAAACUGAAUCGGGGAUAAUGAAAGUAUUGGAAGAUCGGCCUUCAGCUCAGGCUGUGUUUGUAGGGCAUGAUCAUGGAAAUGACUGGUGCUGCCCUCACAAGAAGAUGUGGCUGUGCUACGGUAGACACACUGGUUAUGGCGGGUAUGGUGAUUGGGCGAGAGGGGCUAGAAUCAUAGAGAUCAUGGAUCAGCCUUUCGCCCUGAAGUCAUGGAUAAGGAUGGAAGACGGGUUUGUACACAGUCAAGUUCUCUUGAGUUCUCAAGCUGUGUCUACCUCCCCUUAUUUCCUUCUGUUGGUUGUGCCAUUGAUUAUGUUCCUUGGUGUUAUAUCCUUCUACCCUACUCUUAUUUCAAAAGCAAAAGCCUUCCUAUUACCAGAUGUAUAGCCUGUAAAUGAUACAUUUAUUUUGGAACACAGGACUCAGGAGUAUAUACAUUUUUGCACAAAAUCACAGCCUUCUUCCAUA